GGAACUCCCAAAUGCUCCGGUACCAUUGAGAGGCCAGUCUUCACAAAGAAUUGAUUUAAAUGUAUCCCCUAGACAUUUUACUGAGGAUGAUCAUGGAGCUGCAUCACAGGCACCUGGUGGUGGGGCAUCAACUCUUUCUGGAAGGCGUGCAAUACAGCGACAUAUACGCAUUUUGCUAUCACAUGGUAGACCGAGGCAGAUCUUUGCUAGAGUUAAUGGACCACUGCACAACGGGGAAGUGAUGCUAUGACCUCAGGAAUUGAACAAAAGUGGGGAAGCACCACAUGGUCAAAGGGAGUGAACUCCUUGCACCCAGUAUCAAGUAUUGAACAACAUCAGCAGAACAUUAGACCUUUUCAGAACAGUGCUAAUUUGGCUCCAUGCACAUACGGUGAAGGAAAACAGUUCCGACAUGUGCAAGGUGCGAAGGAAGAAGUGCAGUCAAUCGUAAAAGGCCAUCUAAGAAACUUAUGCAGGGAUUUUCCACUAGAGCAUGCAACUUUCAAGGAGGUCGCAAGGCGUUCGACCCACACAAUUUUAGCAGCAUGUGGAAUCGAGCACCGCAGCAGAAUGGUUGCUGCCCCUGUUCCGUCUCCCAGCAAUUGUACCCAUGCAAUAAAUGAUGAUGAAUCGACAUAUCUGAUGAAAGGUUGCUGCUUGUCUUGCUUCAGCUCCUUUGUUAAAGAUGUUGUUCUGAAGCUUGUGCAUACAACUUCAAACCAGAGUUGACCAAUAGUUGAUGGCUUCGCCAUCAUCAUUACCAUUGGAUAGCUAGUGUUUAUUAUUGAUAAAAUUAUCUUCAAUUGUUGGGGAACUUGGCUUGUGAUUCUCAGUUUUGAAGCCCAAGAGAGGCCUUGUUUCUAUGUGGACUAGAACUGCAUGAAUUGCAGAUUGCAGGUGGGGGGCUAAAUCCAGUUUCUCCCUAGCCAAUUUUUUGCUUUGAAGAUUGUAUAUGCCUAAAGGAAGAACAGUGGAGAGAAUGAAUAUGGGGGUUGGUUUCUGAAUGUUACUUGCAGAGCCUGCCUGUUUAGGAUCAGAUGCUUUUAGAAUUGUCACCUUCAACCCGUGAAGAUGCUGCAAUUGAAUUCAAGAAUUAUGGAGGUAAAUCAAAGGAAAGGAGAAAUUGUAGGUCAAAAGACUUAUGUUUCAGGUUCUUUGUUCUUUAAUCAAACUUCCUCC